AAACCACUUUCUAUCAUCCCAUGUUUCUGUGAGUCGCGCAUUGCUUCACCACAGCGAGUGCUGCUGUCGGGUUCGAGUGAUCGAGCGUUUGAGGUGUCUAGCACAUUGUCUAGCACAUUGAGGCUUCUAGUCUUAAACCGUGUCUACGUCCAUAAUGGCGACAUCGGCCGCUGGCAAGAGAGGACCAUCCGUCCUGGUCACUGACUCCCGCGAACGGCCAGCUGUGAAUCGUGGUGUACCCCAACGCCCUGGCACGGCUGGGCCAGGUGCAGUGCGAAACCGCAUGCCAACGCGCUUCAUAUCAGUCGACAAUGUCCUCCAAUAUGCCUCCGAAAUACCCUCAGGUCAGGCGCGUGGUCCUCCAGGACGAAGACCUACACCGACGAACCCUCAAAGACGACCCACCACGCCUGCUGCGAACAUCGGGGCGCGGAUAGCACAGCAGAAUGUGCCAGGACGAAGUACAAAGGUCAGCGAGAAGCUGGUGCUCAUUCCCGAGACAGCCAAUGAGAAGGAUGAUUCGGAUGAUGAGGCUAUGGAGUUGGCAGCGGAGGUGCGGCCCCUGGAUGGAGAGGAGGGGCCGUUGAAAGAUUCUGAGAUGGACAUCUUGAAGAAGAGAGGUGGGGUACGGGGGAAGAGCUAUGCGGAACGAUUGCCCAAGGCCAAACGAGCGGAGAAGUUGGCCAGAGUUACGGCUUAUUGUACGGCUCAGGGCUAUAAGCUGAAAUCUACCGCGGCGUUCGUGAAAGAGAGGCAUGGUGCUAAGACGAAACUCUACGAUGACUGUCUCUACACUGUCUACCAUCUUCCAUUGCUACCCGGUAGUGAAGGGUUCAGGAUAAGAAGCAGUCCAGUAUUGAAGAGUCCUGGUGGGAAAGCUGUUCUGGAUGAGGAGAUUGAGAGAAGUGAAAGGAGAGACUACCACGAAGGAUAUUUUGAGGAUACUGAUACUUAUGGAGUCCGAGACGGGGAAGAGAGUCCUCGAAACGAAAGCGACGACGAGAGGAAAAGAAGAGAAGACCAGGGACGAAGGACUAGAGAGGAUAUUCGACUGCUAGCUCAAGGUCAAAGACCAGACAGUCCGAAUCGUAAUGCACCAGACGCAACCACUUUCGCUGAGAUGUUCGUAUUCUCCUAUGGUGUUGUUGUCUUCUGGAACUUCACGGAACGACAAGAGAAGGAUAUUCUGGCAGAUCUCACAUUCUCGGAACACGAGACCGGCAUUUCACUAGUGUCGAGGCCAGUGGAAGAAGAUGAAUAUGAGACGGAAGAGCUGCAUUUCGAGUACAGUCCUUUCGUCGACCGGCCUAGAAUCUUCAACGACAUGAUUACUUUACGAAGUGGAGAUCAUAUGAUCAAGCUAGCCAUGAGCCAUGCAAUCUCACAAAGUACCAAGCUGAGCUUUUUCGAGGAGAAAAUGUCUCAAACAAUGUUAGAUGCUCAGCAUGUUCCCAAACAUUUAGCUCUCACUGGUCAGCUGGGCAUGUCUCGGAAGGAGAUUGUGAAGAUCUUGGGACGGCUCUUUAAGAGUCGUGUGGAUGUCAAUCUUUCAUCAAACAUCCUCGACAAUCCCAAGUUCUUCUGGGACUCAGAACCAAACUUAUCUCCUCUAUACGAAGCUAUCCGCGAGUAUCUAGAGAUCUCACCCCGCAUCAAAGUCCUCAACGAACGCUGCAGAGUCUUUUUGGAACUCGCAGAAAUUCUAGGAGAUAGCAUCGCCGAGAACAAAAUGAGCACCAUCACAUGGAUCAUCAUCAUUCUCAUCAUAGUCAGUAUUGGUGUCACCGUCACGGAGGUCGGAUUGCGGUUCGGUAUGCUUGAGAAAGGCAAGAAUGAGAGAGACAAACUUGGUAGCAGUGGAGGUUUGGCCAAUAGGACAUGGACGAGGGAUGAUUUCACGGCGCCGCAGUUACAAGCUAUUUGUGGUGCGGAAUAUGCGGGGAAGACUUUCAAGGAAUUGUAGAGGUUUAUUUGUCUAGCAUAGCAUAGGUGUUUGGUGUUGGAAGAGACUGUGGUGUAUAUGAUGCAUUGCUUUGACUCUGU